CAUUCCUCUCCAAUCUCACACACCAAACCAAACCACAGUGUUGUAAGAGUGAAGAACUUGUAACAGCAGUGUGAAAUGGCUUCAAAGGUUGCUCUUGUGUUGUGUCUGAACAUCUUGUUUUUCAGUGUGGUAAGCUGCACAUACGUGCCAUGCAACCCACCACCGAAAGCUCCGAAACACCCACCAUACACACCUGUGCCAAAGCCACCUUCCACAAACUAUGGGACUUGCCCUGCAGACACCCUUAAGUUUGGUGUGUGCGCUGAUGUGUUGGGUUUGAUCGGCGUGCAGCUUGGGAAGCCACCAAAGACGCCGUGCUGCGAACUCAUCCACGGCCUCGCCGAUCUUGAAGCCGCCGUCUGUCUCUGCACCGCUCUCAAAGCUAACAUCUUGGGCAUCAACCUCAAUGUUCCCGUCAAGUUGAACUUGCUCCUCAACUACUGCGGAAAGAAAACUCCUAAGGGUUUCCUCUGCAAUUAAACAAACACUUUCAUAAACUUAAUCACCAUGUCCUAAGCUUUUCUGUUUUGCUAUAUUCGUUAUUCAUCACUAUUCUGUGUACUUAGUGUUCCCUCUCUGCUGCUAUUGCCAUUUACCUAACGAACACUUCGUUCGUACUACUGGUUUUGGCUAUUAUUAUCCUUGUCAUGGUUUAAAACUGAAAGACUCCUCCCUGGGUCUUUUUGUUAGCCUCAAUAGUUGUUUGUAUUCUAAGUGCUAUUUCUACCAAUAAAAUUUCUACAUUUAAGCUUAUAA